CUCGAGCAAUCCGCCCGCCUUAGCCUCCCAGAGUGCUAGGAUUACAGGCAUGAGCCACUGCGCCUCGCCUGGCCUCUUUUCAGUGGCUUUAAUACAUUCACAAAGCUGUGUAACCAUCACCACUAAUUCCAGAACAUUCUCAUCAUCUUAAAAAGAAGGCUGUCACCAUCAGCAGUUGCUCCCCAUUUCACUCUCCCCUACCCCCUGCUAACCACUCAUCCACUUUAUGUCUUGCAUUUAUUUUUUUGAGAUAGCUUUAUUGAGAUGUGGUUCACAUACCAUACAGUUCACUCAGAGCGUGCAAAUCAGUGGGGUUUUAUUAGCAUGUUCAUAGAUACGUGCAGCUAUGAUCAGAUUCAAGUUUAGAGUUUCUUCAUCCCAGGAAAAACCCACUGCUUUAUGUUCCUGUUACCCCAGCCCCAAGCAACCACUAGUGUACAUUCUGUUCUUCUGUGUGUCCCUGUUAGCCUUUGUCAUAAAAGGCAGAGCAGCCUCUCUGGGUUGAGGAGGGGGUCCCUUCCUUUUUUAUGGCUGUAUUUGAAGGCUGACUCACGGCCUUGGGUUGGUUUUCACUGCCCUGGGCAAGUGGGCCCAGAUUUAACAUCAGCCAGCCCAGAGCGUAAUUAGGAAAGUAACUCUUCCAGAGGAGUCCUGUGUGGCUUCAGGGCCCCAGGCAGUUGUCCUCUGGUGCCCUCCAUGGGUGCGGUGUCCUAGUCGAUGUGUCCGUGCCCUUGUGUAACACUGAAUUUGCCCAGCAGAGAGGGAAGUUUAACUUUCUGCGGUCUGUGUACUAACCUAGUGUGUAGAUCUCAGAUCUGGGAGAUUGAACGAAGCAUGUGACCAAACAUUUCUGUGCAGACAUCGCAGGAUUGGGUUUCCUUCUGGCUGUGACGGAUCCCAAGUUGUUCUCUUUAUUGUCCUGUGUUUGCCAUGCGCCAAGACAUAUGCUGCAGGUGCAGGAGCAGCUCGUCCUAGAGGUUUCCAGGGAGAACCAACAAAAUAGAGCCACUCACCAGUCUCUCGGACUGAGCAGUCUCUAAUAAGAGGGACUGUUCACUGAGUCUGUAGAGGUACUGUGCUUAAGGUACCUGGCCUAGUAAGCACCACGCAAGCGCUGUUAUUUUUAGACAACUUUGUUGAGAUAUAAUCAUAGAGCAUGCAAUUUACCCACUUUAAGGUGUGCAAUUCAGUGGUUUUUAGGAUAUUCAUAGAGUUGUGCAAUCAUCAGCACUAUCUAAUGUCAAAACAUUUUCAUCACCCCCAAAAGACACCCUGUCCCCAUGAGCAAUUGCUCCCCCAGCCCCUGGCACCCACGAAUCCACAGCCCGUCUCUGUGGAUCUGCCUGUUCUAGACAUUUCAUAUAAAUGAAGUCUCACACUGUGUGUUCUGUGUCUGGCGAAUCUCACUGAGCACAAUGUCCUCAAAGUCCAUCCACACCGUGGCCUGUGUCAGAGUCUCGUUCCUUUUGGUGGCCCAAGCGGGAAGAAGUUCCGCAGCAAGCCGCAGCUGGCGCGCUACCUGGGCGGCUCCAUGGACCUGAGCACCUUCGACUUCCGCACGGGCAAGAUGCUCAUGAGCAAGAUGAACAAGAGCCGCCAGCGUGUGCGCUAUGACUCGUCCAACCAGGUUAAGGGCAAGCCCGACCUGAACACGGCGCUGCCCGUGCGGCAGACGGCGUCCAUCUUCAAGCAGCCGGUGACCAAGAUCACCAACCACCCCAGCAACAAGGUGAAGAGCGACCCGCAGAAGGCGGUGGACCAGCCGCGGCAGCUCUUCUGGGAGAAGAAGCUGAGCGGCCUGAACGCCUUCGACAUCGCGGAGGAGCUGGUCAAGACCAUGGACCUCCCCAAGGGCCUGCAAGGUGUGGGGCCCGGCUGCACAGACGAGACCCUGCUGUCGGCCAUCGCCAGUGCCCUGCACACGAGCACCAUGCCCAUCACCGGGCAGCUCUCGGCUGCCGUGGAGAAGAACCCCGGUGUGUGGCUCAACACGACACAGCCCCUGUGCAAGGCCUUCAUGGUGACCGAUGAGGACAUCAGGAAGCAGGAGGAGCUGGUGCAGCAGGUGCGGAAGCGGCUGGAGGAGGCGCUGAUGGCCGACAUGCUGGCGCACGUGGAGGAGCUGGCCCGCGACGGCGAGGCGCCGCUGGACAAGGCCUGUGGGGACGAGGAAGAGGAGGAGGAAGAGGAGGAGGAGGAGGAGCCCGACCAGGACCAGGAGAUGGAGCACGUCUAGGGCAGAUGCCCAGCCGAGAGCCCCACGCUGCGGGGGCGCCAGCGUGAGCCGCCUGCAGACUCGGCCCUCGGCUUGGGACCAGGCUUGGGAGCCAAGCGCGGCCGGGGAGGAAGGCUGCCUGCCCCCUGCCUGCUCCAUCCUCCCUGCCUUGGACCUUGGGCACGGCUGGGGACAGCUCCCCACCGACGGACCCUCCAUGCCUGCCCUGGGAAGGGCCUGCGUUCCAGAAGUGCCGGUCGCUCCUGGGCCCUGCCUGGCAGGAGGCCCCUCCUGGGUCAUCGCAGCCACGUGGUGCCAGGGCCCAGACCAGCCCCUGGAGACAGAAGAGCCACCUGCAGGUGCCCGCCUGGGCCAUACCCAGGGACCGGGGCCACCUAUAAGGAUUCUUCAGUCGCUGCGUCUCCACGAGGCUGGAGAAAUACUUCUGGAACCGGUCGCCUCCCCAUGCAGUGCGUGGGACGCCGCUCUGAACGUCGGCCCUCCCUCUGCACGGCCACCCGGCGGGGCGGAGUCACCACCGGGCACACCCAGGAGGUCCCGUCCCUUUAAUAAACCCAUGAUACACACGAGGGCGGACGUUCCCAGCUGUGUGAGCUUCCGUGCGGGCUGCAUCUGGACUGAACUCCGGCCUUGGCUUCUGAAAACCAGACUGUCUCCCACUGUUGCGCCCUGGUCUGAGGUUCAGGCCCCAAGGGGAGCCCCCUGCGCCUGGAACCGCCUUAAGGAGGGCUCGGGCACCAGUGUGCCAGGCUGGGGCUCCAGGCAGCUCUGCUGUCACCAACCCCUGUGCCUCGGUUUCCUCAUCUGUAGAGCAGAGACAGGUGCCUAGAUUUCAGGGCAGAGCCUUUGGCACCAAGGUCACCUGAAUGACGUGUCAUUCAUACUCCCCCGCCCCCAACCUGGGGGCUGCUUCCUCACUCACCGACCCUGUCCCCAGGGACUGUGUGCCAGCGCCCGGCUCAGGGGCGCCUCUGGCGUGUCAUCUCUGGCUGUGCCCCUCCUCCCUUGUCUGCUGCCCCGCAGGGCCAGGCGGGGGUGGGGGUCGUGGCCGAACCCCACGAAGGCUGGAUGCCAGGUGCGUAGGCGCUGACCUCUAAUGAGGUCACUGGGGGCCCAGUGUCCCCUGGCCCUCCAAGGGUGCUCACCUGGUUGGCGCUAAUGCUUUCCUUUUGUUCUGUCAAGUCAAAGCACAAUUUGCAGAGGACGACGGUUUCUGGAGCUUUGGGCUCCGUGCCCUGGGCCUGGAGGGCUCAGCCUCAAGGCGGCCGAGGGCAGCUCUGGUGGGGGAUGCUGUCGGGUCCCCAUGGCAAUGGCUCAGUGUCCGCCCUUUGCCUGGCCCGAGGUCCCCAGGUGCUGUCUGUAGAAUGGCCUCGGCCUGUGCCCUGCCCGGAGAGGGUCCUGGGGGAGGAGGGAUUGGGCAGUGGGGUGUCCUGUACCCACGGCGGAAUAAAGCCACUCAGGUGGAA